CUGGAUUUUCUCAACAGCAACUUGGUGGCCGCCGACGAAGACCUGCAAGCAAAGGCGCGUGUGUCGCAAAUGCAAUUCCAGCUGGCAAACGCGGAGGCGCGUGUGGAGGCGGCGGAGCGGGCAGCAUUGGCUGCUGCUGCGGAGCGGCACCAGAUGGAAGCCCGUCUGGCGCGCGCCCUUGCUGAAAGCAGUGAGGGGCGGGCGAUGGUGAUGGAGCUGUCAGCAGAGAUAGCAAGGUACCGCGAGGAGGUUGAACGCGUGCAAUCCAGGCUCAUCGCCAAGCAGGCGCUUAUAGACGCGCAGGAGGUGCAGAGAGCGACGGCGCAGAACGCGCAGAUGCAGGCGGAACCGGCAGCAGCGCCCGACCAGCACCAGUUGCGGCCCUGCGACAGCUUCGCCGUGGAGAUCGAGGACGAAGACGCCGUCGAGGGCUUCAUGGAGGGCUGCAUCUGGGGCGUCGGACUGGGCGCCUUACGCAGCCCUGUCUCUGGCGUCUCGGUCGCUCAUCGGGCCGGGGACGGGCUGUCUUCCCCGAUACCCCCCGUGGGUCUGGCGCUUGCAGCAGCAGAUGGGGACGCCGCUGGAUCAGUCGUCGCUGGACCCUCACCACAGCCCCGGACACCCUUGCGGCGCUUUGGCCAGGUUGACCUGACUGGCAGCACAUUGCACCUGGAAGCAGCGGGGUCAGACCUGCUGGAGCUCAUGGCAGCCAGGUGGCACGGAAGCCCCAGCAGGCCGGGCAGCAUGCCUGCGGGUGAAGCCCCCACCGCUGCUGCGAACGCUGACGUCAUCACGCCAUCCACUGCGCCCAACCCGCAGGCGUAGUCAGCGGCGUUGGUAGCACGGACGUGUAGGAGGAGCGUCCGAGACGUGUAAGGCUGUGCGGGCAACAUGCGUAUCUGUCGCAAUUGGGACUCAAGAGCAUUUGAGCAGCAUUGUUAAGCAAGGCCAUGGGUCUCGUGUCCAUACCACUUCUAGGAGAGGCACCCUGUGACUACCGGGUUGCUGACGCUUUAAUGACAUAUGGGUAUUCGAGAUAUUCCUUUGUAGGCUGACUUGCCGUCCGGGGUUUUGGUAGGAUUGGUUGGCCGUAGGGUUGGUUCGCAGCGUGCGAGAGGAAGCACGCGAAGACUGGCUCGUGUGCCUUGACGAGUACGAGUGGUGGUUUUGGCGUGUAUGGACUAACGUACGUAGGGUGGCAAUCCAGUUAAUGGCGCAGCCUGAAACUGUGUUCGUAACAUGACAACAACGCUGUUCUUGCGCUGUCAGGCACUGACGAUGCUUUCAUAUGGUGGGAUUUUGGUAGGUGACAGGUGAGCAGUCCGACUGCAAGUGUGGGAUGCCCAGCUGCCUUGGCCUAGUACUAAUAGGUAUGCUGGUUUGGGUUCUUGUAGGCGUGCAGAUUGUAUGGCCAUUGACCAUUCGUAGUCUAGUGACGCAUUUACUUCGCAAAAUACAGUUUUCUGCGUGCUUGCCUGCUAUUCGCACUUCGUGUUAUCAUCUGGACAGGGACUCGUAUUUCGUCGUUUUUACGGAUAUAGAGCCUUAACUUAGUACUUCUUACCCCCGCGAUACUCAAUGGUACGUGCUUUUGCUUACUGGUAUAGUGCAGAUGUGUUAAAAAAUUAAGCUUAUUAGGACAAAUCAAUGCUGGCACCUUAACCACGGGGGCCCUUAGUCAGCACUCUAGACUGUAGUGUUUAGUCAUUUCCUGUUACCCUUGGUCGCCUUCGGCUUUCAUGCUCUUGUUGAAGAGCUGCACAUAGCUGUGUUGUACUCAAUAGAUUUCACUCUCAUGCGCCUCGGCAUCCAUGCGGACCCAUGGGUCGCACCUUUCAUGAGAAUUCGUGCGUGAGUGUACAGGUUAGUGUAUGUGCUGACAAUUCCAUUUAGUUCUAUAGCAAAGGGGUGGAUAGCAAUGUUUGUUGAGCCUCCGCGAUAUGCUGCUCAAGUGGCACCCGUGUCCAGCAUGUGCUGGCCAACUGGCACCUAUGUUGAGGCAGCCCGUGUGCAUUCACCC